CCAUCUUGUAGUCCAGCGUAACCGCCUCCUCUAUCCCUACCCCCUCCUACGUUGCCUCACUCCGUCCGGUGCGCCGAAAGAGGGAGAGGCGGCUGCAGCGCGUAGCUUGAAUGGAGUGAGGUGGAAGCGCCCAGGUGUAAAAACGUCAAACCCAGGAACCGAUGGUGAAUGAACUGGGCAAGAUUGUGAUGUAAAGAUAGUGAACCUGGCAGCUUCAAAUGUAUCUUCCUUUGGCCUAAAUUAUCCUGUCUGUCUAGUUGACAUGAAAUGAAUGCCAGCAAUAGAUUAUUGCCAAAUGAUCAUUCAGCUCAAAUGAAAAGGAGCAAGAUAUAACAUGGAAAGAGGAUGUGGUUUUCGAAGAAUUGAAGCCUGAAGUAACCCUCAUGAAUUUCAAUCACAGCAAUUCAGAGAACAUCACUGAUGUUUGCCCUAAUGAGGACCUUCCUGAAGUAGAGCUAGUGAGCAUGCUAGAAGAACAGCUGCCUCAGUACAAAUUACAUGUGGAUUCUUUAUAUCUUCCUGUAAAUGAUGAUUGGAUCCAGUCAAGAAGCUCUCAUAAUCAUGAUCCUGAAAUUUCUUCUCCUGUCCUUGCUGAGGAGGCACUCCAUUAUAUGAUUGUUGGCACAGAUAGAGGAGAGUAUGUACCAAAAAACUGCAAUGAUAUUGAAGUAAUCACUCAUCUGUUGGCUGAGAAAGAUCGAGAUCUAGAACUAGCAGCACGGAUUGGACAAGCCCUUCUUAGACGAAACCAUAGCCUAACUGAGCAAAAUGAUGUUCUGGAGAAUCAGUUGGGUCAAGCCUUUGACAAAAUUCACCAGCUACAACAUGAACUAACAAAAAAAGAUGAAUUGCUUCGUGUGGUAUCCAUUGCUUCUGAAGAAAGUGAGACUGACUCUAGCUGUUCCACACCACUUCGCUUCAAUGAGUCCUUCAACUUGUCACAAGGUUUCUUACAGUUGGAUAUCUUGCAAGAUAAACUCAGGGAACUGGAAGAGGAAAACCUAUUACUUCGAACAAAGGCAUGCCAUCUGAAGACUGAAACCAUGACAUACGAAGAUAAGGAGCAUCAGCUAGUUACUGAUUGUGUUAAAGAAAUAAAGGAAACAAAUGCUCAGAUUGCAAGAAUGAGUGAAGAACUGAUGAGGAAGGAUGAAGAACUGAUUCACUACCAGGAGGAAAUCUCAUCACUCUUAUCUCAAAUUGUUGAUCUUCAGCAUAAGAUCAAAGAGCAUGUAAUCGAAAAAGAAGAAUUGAAGCUGCAUCUGCAAGCUUCUAAAGAUGCCCAGAAACAGCUGACAGCAGAGUUACAUGAAGUGCAAGAGCGGAAUGUGGAAUGUCUGGGGAUGCUGCAUGAGUCCCAAGAAGAAGUGAAAGGAUUGCGCAGUAAAACAAGCCAAGCUGCCCUUCACUGUCGACCCCAGUUGUGUGGAGCGUUUCCUGUGGAAUCUCUGGCAGCAGAAAUUGAGGGAACAAUGCGGAAAGUGCUAAGUUUGGAUGAGGAAUCUCUAUCUAAACAAAAGAUUCAACAGAAACGUAUAUUUGAUACUGUUAAACAUGCUAAUGAUAUGCAUGGCCGUUCUGCAUCGUGUCCUGUUUCACUGUCCAUUCCAGGAUCCAAUCGUUCAAGUGUUGUCAUGACAGCAAAGCCUUUUCAUUCUGGCUUGAAAUAUGUGGAAGGAAAAGGACCUCAAGCUCUAAAGGCCAGCACAGAGGAUGUUUCCAAGGAAACUCAGAAGCUAAGCCAUGCAGGUAUCCCUUCAGAAGAUGAUGUAGCCACUGCUUUACAUAAACUUAAUCUCCGUUGUCAGAAUUAUCUAAGUGAAAAAUGGUUUUUUGAAGAAGAAUGGAAGCGUAAGAUACUUUUGCUGGCUGACCAAAAGGAAGAACUCACUGGCUGUAGCACACCAGUAGAGAACUGUUUUUCACUGAAUAGCAGUUCAGAACGUGCUGAUUUCUCUGGAUCUUUUAGCAGCAUGCGGUCCCUUCUCCCAGAGAAAUUGCAAAUCGUCAAACCCCUUGAAGGCUCUCAGACCCUAUUUCAUUGGCAACAGCUGGCUCAGCCCAACCUAGGUACAAUUCUUGACCCGCGCCCUGGCGUUGUCACAAAAGAUUUUGCACCAUUGUCUCAGGAAGAUGUUUAUUACCUUUCUGAUUUGGAAGAAGAUGAAGAAGAAAGGGAUGAAGGUAUAACUUUCCAAGUACAGCCCUCUUUACAGGAGGAAAUUAAACAGACAGUGCCAAAGUCAGUGCCAGGAAUUUUCCUCCCACCUGUUAAAUUAGCAACAGUUCCUCAUGCAGCUUCCAAUCCAGGAAAAUGUCUUUCAUCUACAAACUCUACAUUUACUUUUACUACUUGUAGAAUACUUCAUCCAUCUGAUAUCACACAGGUUACACCCAGCACUUUGUAUUCUCCCUUGUGCUCUGGAAGUUGUAGCAGUACAAGCAGUGUAAUUACAAGCGCUCCACCCAUGUUGUAUAAGCUUAGUACUGGAGAAUUCCUUACUAACAGAAGAGAUUCAACUUCCACCUUCAGUAGUACUAGACGUUUAGCAAAGCUUUUGCAAGAACGAGGCAUCUCAGCCACGGUUUAUAACAGUCCAGUCCAACUUGAAGCACCACUGCUUCAUCAUCCCAGGAUACCUGCUGUGCCCUCAACACCCCCAAAUUCUCCUUUGCAUUCCCCUUGUUCUUCUCCUCCCUCUUUUGAGUUUCAAGCAUAUGUGUCUGAAAACUUUUUGGCCUCUCGACCAGCUGAAACAUUAUUACAUGAGCUGUAUGGACAAAAGCCCUCGAAUCCUUCUGAUGCAAGACAGCUGAAGAUCAAUCUGGUAGAGAGGCUAAAGAAACUGGGGAUUGCUAGAGCUGUCAAACAGCCCGAGGCAGAGGGUCAUAGAAAGAGUCAGAGGGAAAGUAGCUGUCUCCAAAAACAAGGCUCAGGAGUGUAUGUUAGUGCAGGCAGCAAUUUGAUGGGGGGCUUGAGAAGAAACCACAGUCUUCCGGUCUUGAUUGGAGCACUUGCAGGCCCAGUAAGCACAUCCUCCACAACAAUGGGGGUCUUGAAAGAGGAUUGAGCUAUUUAGCAUCAGACACUUUUAGUUGGGAAACAAAUGUUUUGAAAUGGAAAGAUAAGAUUAGUAAAAAUGGAUGCAUUAAACAUAAGACUGUUGAAUGAUAAAGGUAUGUGGCUAAAUGGGACAUGGGAGGCUCGGCAUAAAAAAUUGUAAAAAUUAAGAAAGGAAGAAAAUAGAGAAAAACAAAAUUUAGUCUUGAAAUGAUUGAAAAAAACUUUUGUCAUGAUCAAAAGGAAAUAAAGCAAACAAAUAUAUUUUCUACCAUUGAUAUUAAAAGAACAAGCCAAUGUCUAUGCAACUUUAUUUUAGAAUAUGUUUUAUUGGAUGUCAUCCAAGAAAUCCAUAUACAUAAAUAGACCAUCUAAAGUUAUAUAUGAUUGUAAGGAAGUACAUUCUUCAAAUAACAGGUGCAAUCUGUUUAUAGAGAAGAAAUCAUAUUUAUUCUAAUGUAGAAAGAUCAGGUGCAAUAUUAUUUUAUUAAGCAAUCUCACACAUUAGAAAUCUAGGAGUGCAAAAUUACUACAUACUGUAUUGCACAAACAAAAAACCUCAAUGUUUAAAAAAGGAGUCAAAUGUAUGUGCUUUGUGGAGGUUCUAUAUAUAUUUGGAAGGGAUAUAUUUGGCAAGUAAGAAAGUAUUUGUUACUCUAUACAUAGCUGUAUUUGGAAAAUGUUUACCAUAUUAAUGUUGGAAUAAUCUUGGAGAAAAUUCCAUACAUUUGAAACAAUCAGUAGUUAAUAAAAAUUAUCUUUAAAAUAUGUUAUAAAAAUAAUAACAAUUUUCGGAUUCUUGGGAAGUUAAAACCUCAAGAGAUUUAAAAAAUGACAGGCACAACUUAUUGUAUUAAUAUGAAACAGAAUGACAGCUAUUCAAGCUGUAAUAGACAAAGAAUUGCCAUUCAUAAUUUAGUCUAAGAUAAAUUCCACGCUUGAUGUUUCUGAAGCAGGAUUUUGUGUUUCACAAAAUGAGCACAGUGGGACAGCUUUGAAUGUGAAGCAGAAACAGGAAAGAGAAAAGGCACAAGUGACUCAGAUUUUUCUUUUAUAUUUGGAUAACCGAAGGAAGAGAUUCUUAAAAUACGCACAUCUCACUUGCUCAGUUAAUUGCUAAUCAAAAAUACUUGCAAAGAGUGUCAUGACUGCACUAAGCUGCUUGAUUUAUGGUUAUGAUGAGCAAAUAUAGCCCUCUUGCCAUAGAUCAAACAGGAGAUGAUGAAGAUAAAAGCUGAAUGGUUUGAAAAUUAAGCACAGAAAGUGACUAGAUCAUUUAUCUGUGGGUUUUAAAAGACUAUUCUCUAUAUUAGUUAAAGAGAUCAUAGGGUGAAUUCAGAAAUACUAAACAGACUGGAUUUAAACAAUCCAGGUAGCUUUAUAUAUCAAUGAAUCAAAGUAAGGGUUUUCCCCCCUUGAAUAGGCAUUCUAGGUGACAAUUUGGAAGAAUUCCUUUAAACAAAUGUUUUCAAGGUUACAAACAGCCAUGCAAGUAGCUUAUCAAUUCAGUCUUGGUAUCAAUCAAUGAGCUUGGCACCAUUGGUUGGAGCUACUAAUUUGUAAAUGGUGCUUGUAAAUAGUAAAAAUGUA